CUAACAUGACCACUAACAUGACCACUAACAUGGCCUCUAACAUGACCACUAACAUGACCACUAACAUGGCCUCUGACAUGACCACUAAUAUGGCCUCUGACAUGACCACUAACAUGGCCUCUAACAUGAACAUGACCACUAACAUGACCUCUAACAUGAACAUGACCACUAACAUGACCUCUAACAUGACCACUAACAUGGCCUCUAACAUGACCACUAACAUGGCCUCUAACAUGACCACUAACAUGACCUCUAACGUGGCCUCUAACAUGACCACUAACAUGGCCUCUAACAUGACCACUAACAUGGCCUCUAACAUGACCACUAACAUGGCCACUAACAUGACCACUAACAUGGCCUCUAACAUGACCACUAACAUGGCCUCUAACAUGACCACUAACAUGACCACUAACAUGGCCUCUAACAUGACCACUUACAUGACCACUAACAUGGCCUCUAACAUGACCACUAACAUGGCCUCUAACAUGACCACUAACAUGACCACUAACAUGACCACUAACAUGACCACUAACAUGGCCUCUAACAUGGCCUCUAACAUGACCACUAAAAUGGCCUCUUAACAUGACCACUAAUGUGACCACUACCCCGACUACUAACAUGACCACUAACAUGGCCUCUAACAUGCCCUCUAACAUGACCACUAACAUGGCCUCUAACAUGACCACUAACAUGACACGUGACUACUAACAUGACCACUAACAUGACCACUAACAUGUCUACUAACGUGACCACUAACGUGACACGUGACCACUAACGUGACCACCAACGUGACUACCGACAUGACCACUGACAUGACCACUAACGUGACCACUAACAUGACUACUAACAUGACCACUAACAUGUCUACUAACGUGACCACCAACGUGACUACUGACAUGACCACUAACGUGACCACUGACAUGACUACUAACGUGACUACUAACAUGACUACUAACGUGACUACUAACAUGACCACUAACAUGUCUACUAACGUGACCACUAACGUGACACGUGACUACUAACAUGACCACUAACGUGACUACUAACAUGACAUGUGACUACUAACGUGACCACUAACGUGUCUACUAACAUGACCACUAACGUGACCACUAACGUGUCUACUAACAUGGCUACUGACAUGACCCAUGACUAUUAACGUGACCACUAACGUGUCUACUAACAUGUCUACUAUGACACGUGACUACUAACGUGACUACUAACGUGACCACUAACGUGUCUACUUACAUGACACAUGACCACUAAAGUGUCUACUAACAUGUCUACUAACAUGACACGUGACCACUAACGUGUCUACUAACAUGACACGUGACCACUAACGUGUCUACUAACAUGUCUACUAACAUGACACGUGACUACUAACGUGACCACUAACGUGUCUACUAACAUGACACGUGACCACUAACAUGUCUACUAACAUGACACGUGACCACUAACGUGUCUACUAACAUGACACGUGACCACUAACAUGUCUACUAACAUGACACGUGACCACUAACGUGUCUACUAACAUGUCUACUAACAUGACACGUCACCACUAACGUGUCUACUAACAUGUCUACUAACAUGACACGUGACUACUAACGUGACCACUAACGUGUCUACUAACAUGACACGUGACCACUAACGUGACCACUAACGUGUCUACUAACAUGUCUACUAACAUGACACGUGACCACUAACGUGACCGCUUACCAGUGUUGUGCAUUGAAUACGUUCAUUUUGCUGUGAAUGCUGAACUGAACGCAACACAUUUAUAAAGAACGUGACGUGAAUUUAUUCAGAAUAUAUGAGGUCCUAUAAAAUUCACUGCCUACAUUAUCUCUGGUGCUUCACCGACUUCGUACUACGUUAACCACCAUGCAAUACGAACUCUACCAUAACAAACUGGCAAUGAAACAACCCCGCGGUGAAGUGGUGAGAGGAUGGAGCUGCAGAAGCAGCGUGCGCAUCACAUCCUUCGUCUGCAUAAGAUUCCAACAGUGAAAAUCAGACAUUUCUAUGCAGGUUAUGUCUGCCUGCACCUAAAAAGCAAGUUAGAACAUCAGCCUCAUCGACUUCUAGUUCGAAGCCUAGAGGUG